AACCAGAGAGGAGUGGUCAUUUUCACAAACAAGCUUGUGAUUUGUAAGGAGCAUCUCAUUUAUGAAAGCUUUUUAAAUCAAAUAUAGUUUUCUUAUAUUUUCUCGUUGCUGCCUAUUGGGCCUACGGACUCCAGCAAACACGCACGAAUUGAAAAUCUUCAGAAAGCUUCUUAAAAGUAGUCAUCAUGUCUGGUGAAGAGGCUCCAACUCAGCAGCAAGAACCGGAGCAGGUGAAGAAGCCCGACGAACCACCACCAGCUGCCGCCCCUGCUCCCGCAGAAGCCACGCCGGAGUCGGGCAGCAACAGGCCCGCAGCAGCCGAGGAGGAGAAGACCAUCUCCUAUCGGGCUCUGGUCCUGACGGGAUAUGGAGGCUACGAGAAGAUCAAGCUGCAGGUGAAGAGCAUGAACAAGUCGCAGCUGAAGGCCGGAGAAGUCCUGGUUCGGGUCAAGGCGUGCGGGCUGAACUUUGCCGAGCUGCUGGGGAAGCAGGGUCUGUACGACCUGCUGCCGUCCCCGCCCAUCACGCUUGGAAUGGAGGGCUCCGGGGUCAUCGAGGCCGUGGCGGAGGAUGUGACCGACAGAAAAGUAGGAGAUCGCGUCAUCGCCAUGAACCGCCACGGCAUGUGGCAGGAACUGGCGGUCGUGCCUGCCAACCGCACUUUUCCCAUUCCAGAAGCGAUGAGCUUUGAGGAAGCUGCUGCUCUUCCUGUUAACUACAUGACGGCCUACAUGAUGCUGUUUGAGAUGGCCAAUCUCAGGCCAGGAAAAAGCGUCCUCAUUCACAUGGCUGCUGGUGGUGUGGGUAUUGCUGUUACCCAGCUGUGUCAGACCGUGCAGGAUGUGACGAUUUUUGGCACUGCAUCGGCUUCCAAACACGAGACCAUCAGCCAAGGCGGUGUUACUCACCCCAUCGACUACCGCACCAAAGACUAUGUGACUGAAAUCCGCAAAAUUAGCCCAAAGGGAGUGGAUAUUGUCCUGGACCCUCUUGGUGGUUCUGACAGUCAAAAAGGCUUCAGUUUGCUUAAACCUCUGGGCAUGCUCAUAGUCUUCGGUGCAGCCAACUGUGUGACAGGCCAGAAGAAGAACCUGCUGGCCAUGGCGAAGACCUGGUACAACCAGCUCACUCUCAACACCCUGAAACUGAUGCAGACUAACAAGGCCAUCUCUGGCUUCCAUCUGGGCUACAUCCAUGAUGAGGGGCUCUUUGAGAAAACUCUCGUUAAGCUGCUGGAGCUGUACCAGCAGGGGAAGAUCAAGCCCCGAAUUGACUCCUGCUACCACUUUGAGGAGGUGGCUGAAGCCAUGAAGCGCAUGCACGAUCGUCAAAAUAUUGGGAAAAUCAUCCUUCUUCCCGAGCCCAAGAAGAGCGAAGAGAAGCCAAAGUCCAACGCAGAGGCAGCAGAAAAUGCUGAAAAAAAUGAAGCUGCUGUCAGCGAGAAGAAAGAGGAGCCUGCAGAGGAAGUUGAAGCAGAAAGGGAUUGAAUAAGAGAGUAUAUCAUAGUUGCCUUUCCAGCACUUCUCCACAAAUCUGUCCAGAUUUUCUUUUUUUUUAAAGGAGAAAUAAACAAAAAGUAAUGUCAUGCAUUUUGUGAUUUUUGUCAGUAUUCAGCUGUUUGUUUUGUUGUGCAAUAUGUCAAUAAUGUUGUCUUGUUGGGAACACUUGAUUUUAUGAAAUAAAAAUCCACUUUAUUCUGA